GUGAGAGUGAGACAGAAAUAGAGAUAGAGACAGAGUGAGAGAGAGAGACAAAAGGAAUGUAAAAGGAAGAGUCCAAGAAGGAGAGCCAGAGCAGGAGAGAGGACUGCGAGAAACAGAAAGGGCGGGAGACUGUGUGUGUGAAUAGAGAGAAAGGGAGGGGGUGGAAGAGGCAGUGUGAUAGAGAGAGAGAGAAAGGGAGAGAGAGAGAUAGAGGGAGGGAGUUUUUGAGUACAAGUGCUUUCUCGUCCUCUUCCCAGGGAAGAUGAGGGCUCCCUGACAUUGUGUCAUAUCGCAGGUGAAAAGACGGGAAAAGUUUCAGACAUCUUUGUCAUGGACGAACACUUCCCACAGACACCUGGAGCAGGGAAACCUGCACAGCACAUCCCAGUCUGACAGGCAGAGGAGGGAGACAACUGUUGGUGGACGACAGCUGGAGGGCAGAUACAGAACAUCAGAGCGCUGAGACAGUGAGGAAUGGGAACCUAUUUGAGUGACAAGAUAAAGGGGAAUCAAACUACAAGGUUCACAGCUUUAAAUCCUGCUCAUCCGUGUGUGACUGAGGUGUGAUCUACGUUAACCAUGGCUGUGGCAGGAGUCAUCAGGGGAACACACUGCGCUGACACAUACACACUCAACGCACCUCACCGACACACCAAGGUCAAAACACAGAUCACACCCCGCUCAACUCUGGGCUUUGCAUCCUCAAGAUGUUAACUUCAGUGCAGCAGUGCUGUUUGGGGCCUCCAUCAUGGACAACGUGACACCCGGCAUCCCUCCAGAGGGCUUGGACCAGGGGGGUUACAACUACCUGGCGCUGAUUCUGGGUGUGCCGCUGAUACUGAUCAUCAUCCUGGGCAACAUCCUCGUGUGUCUUAGCGUGCUCACCGAGCGCUCGCUCAAAACAGCCACCAACUACUUCAUCAUCAGCCUGUCCGUGGCAGACUUACUGCUAGCUGUGUUGGUGCUUCCUCUUUACGUCUACUCUGAGUUCCUGGGAGGAAUCUGGACCCUCAGCACGUACAUCUGUGAUGCUCUGAUGACCAUGGAUGUCCUGCUGUGCACUGCCUCCAUCCUCAACCUGUGUGCCAUCAGUGUGGACAGGUACAUCGCAGUGGUGGUGCCCCUGAAGUACAACAGGAACCAGUUCAGCGUGCGCCAGCUCGCCCUCAUCACUGCCACCUGGGUGCUCUCCCUGGUUGUGGCCAGCCCCGUCAUCUUCGGCCUCAACCAGGUGCCGGGCCGAGACCCGAGGGUGUGCAAGCUGGAGGACGACCGCUUCGUGGUGUAUUCCUCCAUCUGCUCCUUCUUCGUGCCUUGCCCCGUCAUGCUCUUCCUGUACUACUGGAUGUUCCGGGGGCUGCGCAGGUGGAGCUCUGGGAGGAGUCGCUCCCAGCUGACGAGGGGAGGCCGCUGCAGUCUCUCCCUGCGCCUCAGCUCCGCCCUGAGCAGGGAGAAGGCAGGGCCAGGGAGCGGGCAGGAGAAGGUGAUGUACCUCAUGCCCGCCGGAUUCAGCCCCACCUCCGUGUCCGCUGGGUCCGCCGCGUCGCCAACGGCAACCCCGAUGGCGGAGGAGCCACCGGACGGGGCUGGGUUGGGGACCGGGGGUGGGGCAGAGAGCGACCCCAUGACCACUCAGCUGGACAGCAUGUCGGAUGCAGAGCCCACGGAGAGGCCUCCGAGGGAGGGGGGCAGCGGCAGGGAGAACGGCCUGGCCAAGACCCGCGGGGGCAAGAAGAGCAGACGCAACAGCAAAAGCAGCAGAGUGAGCGGGAGGGAGCGCAAAGCCAUGAAGGUCUUGCCCAUUGUUGUGGGAGUGUUCCUGGCCUGCUGGACACCCUUCUUUGUGGUGCAUGUCACCAAGGUGUUGUGUGUGUCCUGCAACAUCGGGCCCACGCUGAUCUCCGUGGUGACCUGGCUGGGGUACGUCAACAGUGCUGUCAACCCCAUCAUCUACACCGCCUUCAACGUAGAGUUCCGGAACGUCUUUCACAAACUGCUCUGCUGUCGAACAUGAAACCGCCUCAAUGGGAAAAGUAUCUUUCACUAAACUCUUCAAUGUUACCUUUGACACCUGGAUAGGUUGUAUUGGACAUGCUGUUUGACUUCUGGAAGGUCUUUCACAAAACCUGUCUGUUGCUGAACAUGACAUCUUUAAUUUUUGGGGUUUACUGUAAGUGCUUGCCAGAUGUAUAGUGAUCAACAUUAAUUAAAAAAAUAUACAAAUAAAUAAACUUGGACACCCAUAUUUGCCCAAUGCCUUAGAGAACUUAGUGGACUGAUGGACAUGGACUCUUUUCCAGUGUUUUUACAUAGAAAAUCAAACAUUGCUGAGUUUCUUUCUGUAAAUAUUGAUUGCCUACAGUACAUGUGAAUACUGUUGAUAUCAUAGCCCAGAGGCAUAAAAAUGUGAACAGUUAAUGAUUAUAAAUGUAUUUGAUAUAGGUUUGUUAUUCUUGAAAUAAAAUAUUCACGUAUAAUUAGCAUUUUCUAUAAUGUGUAGGUUUGCUAUAAAUCUCACAGUAGUUGAUAUUGAACUAACUGUCAAAAAAUUAUCUAAAGGAUUCAAUCUGGGUUAAAACAACGAAUAUUAUUUUACAACUUUUACUGUUAGAGUGUUUGGAUGUUAUGUUGCAUCUCAAAAAAACCUGUGAUAGAACAUACAUUCUGAGCAGGGAGAUACAAAGUUAACAUAACAUUAUUAUAUAAUAAAACCUGUCCAAAUCAUAAGAGUAUUUUGAUUUGGGGAGUUAAAACUGUUUUUUGGGACAACAAUGACACUUCUAUUUUACUUAAAAAAAAUGUUGCCAGUGCAAAUGGGGAUUUUUUUUUAAAUGUUUACACAACCGUAAUCUAUUUUUCACAGCCAAUGGAAAUUGUGAAAGUGACAGUAUUAACAAUGACCUCAUUUGUAAUGUUAUGACUUGUGAAGUAUUGCAAAAGUGCUGUGAAGAGGUGUCUUUGACAAACUGUAAACAGCACGUCUUGUCAUUAAUAGCUGAAACGAUUAAAGGA